UUUUUCUCAACUUUAAGGCCCAGUCCUGACCGUCACCGAAUCGCAGCUAUGCAGAAGAGAGACCAAAGCAAAGCAGGUGGAGGAGCAGGAGGCUCCGCCACGCCGGCGGCGAAGAGAGGCCGUCCUUUCGGGAGCGGAAGCGGCAAUGCUGCCACAGCUGCUGGCGCAGCUGGCUCAGCUGAUUCUGCAGCUCCCUCUACUCUCCUCGGUCCUUCUCUACAAGUGCACUCCGCCUUCGCCGAGCAGAAUAACAAAAGGAUAGUUCUCGCUCUUCAGAGUGGAUUGAAGAGUGAGUUGACAUGGGCAUUGAACACUCUCACAUUGCUGUCUUUCAAAGAAAAAGAUGAAGUUCGUAAAGAUGCAACUCCUCUUGCCAAGAUUCCUGGUUUGCUCGAUGCUUUAUUACAAGUUAUAGAUGACUGGCGUGAUAUAUCCUUGCCAAGGGUGCUAGUUAAAACGCCAAGAGUGAGAAUGCUAGGUGCAAAUUCUGCUGUUACUGGAUUUGGGAAUGAAUAUGAGGCCUUGAGCAAAAAUGAAGCUGCUCAUAGCUCUGCGGCUGGUUCCAGCAGUAAAGAGGCUUCUGUACAGAAGAAUACUAGUAAUCCCCGCCCAGCUGAUUGGUGGUUUGAAGAAGAUGGCCUGUUUAAUAUGGAUGAGGAAGGGAGGUCUGAAAAGCAGCUGUGUGCUGUUGGUGCUUCAAAUAUUAUACGCAACUUCUCAUUCAUGCCAGAUAAUGAGGUCAUAAUGGCCCAGCAUCGUCACUGUUUGGAAACACUAUUUCAAUGUAUAGAAGAUUAUGUGACAGAGGAUGAGGAGCUUGUAACAAAUGCCUUGGAGACGGUUGUGAAUUUGGCUCAUCUGCUGGAUCUUCGGAUUUUUAGCUCUUCAAAGCCUUCCUACAUUAAGAUAACGGAAAAACGAGCAGUCCAGGCCAUCAUGGGAGUGCUGGGAUCUGCUGUAAAAGCCUGGCAUUGUGCUGCUGCGGAAUUACUUGGACGUCUGAUAAUAAAUCCUGAUAAUGAACCUUUCCUUCUUCCUUUUGCUCCACAGGUGCAUAAGCGACUAGUUGAUAUCAUGAGCCUGCCAGAUACUAAUGCCCAAGGGGCUGCUGUUGGUGCGCUAUAUAACCUUGCAGAAGUCAAUAUGGACUGCCGAUUGAAGCUUGGAAGUGAGAGAUGGGCAAUUGAUCGGCUACUAAAAGUGAUCAAGGCACCACAUCCGGUGCCAGAAGUUUGCCGAAAGGCUGCAAUGAUUUUGGAGAACCUUGUCUCAGAGCCACAAAACAAGCCUCUGCUGCUAGUAUAUGAAAAUGCAUUUGCUGAGAUGCUUUUCUCUGAUGGGAGAUACUCUGAUACAUUUGCCAGGAUAUUGUUUGAAUUGACAUCACGACCAAGUAAUAAGGUGGCAACAGCUCGUGGUAUUUGGGGAAUGUAACUUAGACCCUGCCUAUAGCUUCUAGGGAUUGGAUUCAGCUAUCCGGCUUGAAAUAUAUAAAAUGGCUGAUUGUAGAUAGGAGGUCAUUAAUGUGCUAUAAUCAAGCUAGCUUGCUUAUGCACAAGUUAGAAGAUUCUGUAUUGGUUUCCUUUCUAGCCGUGUUGUUGGCACUUCACUCUGUUUUGGGCUAUCAGAUAUAUUACAUGUGCUUGCUUAAUGUUAUUGCUUGUGCAAAUCAUCCUGGCAUUCACUGAAGAUUUUAAAUAUACUUUUUGCAGUGUAUCUGUUUCUACGAAGAGGUUAUAUUACUUAAUAUCGAGUCUUCAA